CAAUCUACAGAUGAUGCCCUUCGUCGUCGAAGGGCGCGGGAAAGACAACGUCGUGCCCGUGAGACUCCCGAGCAGAGAGAGGCUCGGCUUUCUCAACGCGGACGGAACGGGCAAGGGAACGCAUCGCCGCGGCGGAAAUGGGUACGCAGAAAUCAAGACCAGAGAAUUGCUGCCGAGUCCAGCGAGGAGAGAGGGGCCCGCCUGCAACAGGUACGCAGGACGCAUCAUCCUCAGCCUCGAUGGGUCUCGUGCUGUUCAGGACCGCCUGGACGAGGGGCAGCAUGCUACAGCAGUCUCCAUUGUCGACCACUACAUGGGACGACCUGACUCCCCUCACUCCCCUCACUUCAACCCCAUGACCCUCCUGGAGUUUUCCCGCCAGUACUCUAUGCCCAAGACCCUCGGGGCUGGGCCGACUCCCAGGAGUAGACGUAUUGUCGUGAUCCCUCCACCGUACGUCUCACCUGAUCCUGCUGGGGAGAAGUAUGAACAGUACUGUCGCCAGUCACUGAUGCAGCACAAGCCUUUUCGCCAGAUAGAUGACCUACUCUCUGGGUAUGACAGUUACAGUAAUGCCUAUGCUGCAUUUCUACAGUCUGGCCAGAUCCCUCCCUGCCUGGAGGAUGACAUGUAUCGUCUUCUUCAGCACUUACAUACUAAUGAAGAUGAAUCUGAAGAAACUGAGGAGCAAGAGGAACAGCGAACCACUUCUCCACCGUCACGAGCAACGGAAGAGUGGAUGUUGAUCUGUCGCCAGAAUGCAGACAUGCAGCCCAGCAUGGACACACAAGAAGAUAUUGACUGGACCCUUGCUGCACAGUCAUACCCCAACAUCGAUGAGGCUCCGUCCUUCAUAGCUCAGCAGAGACAGGCAGCUGGACAACACAUCUUCACCACCACAGCUGACUCAGCCAACCUGCAGGGAAAGCAGCAGCGGGUGUACACAAUCGUUCAGCAGCACAACUCAGCCAACAGUCCUCAGCCCCUCAGGAUGAUAGUCUCUGGCACAGCUGGCACAGGGAAGUCCUACCUAAUCCACUGUCUCCGACUUCUCCUUCAGCAUCAGCUCAUGGUUGCAGCUCCAACUGGUGUGGCUGCCUUCAACAUUGAUGGCAGCACCCUCCACUCUCUCCUCAGUCUGCCCACCAGAGGAGAGUUCAAGGACCUGGAGGGUGAGAGACUCACCAAGCUCCAGCAGGCCUUCUCCGAAGUCAAGUACCUGAUCAUCGACGAGAUGUCGAUGGUGGGGAGGAAGACCUUCAGCCAGGUGGACAGACGUCUUCGCCAGGCCUUCCCUCACAACUCCCAGGAGGUCUUUGGAGGAUGCUCCUGUCUUCCCUUUGGAGAUUUCGGCCAACUUCCUCCAGUCAUGGACCUUCCCCUCUACACCACCGACUCUCGCUCCGAGCUCUCUGACCAGGGGAGAGCUGCCUACCAGACAUUUCAGCUGGCUGAGGUCCUGGACCAAGUCAUGCGUCAGGCAGGCCAGGAUCCAGAACAAGUCAAGUUCCGAGACGUCCUCCUCAGACUGAGAGAUGCCAAGGUCAGAGUGGCCGACUGGAACCACCUCAUGACCCGCACUCCCACAAGAGUCCAGGAUCUCUCUCCCUUCUCCACUUCCCUCCACCUCAUCCCCACUGUCGAAGCUGUGGUGGAGUACAAAGGAAGGUCGUAUCUGUAGCUGAAAUCAUACAUUAACACUUUGCACGCACUCGUUCAUUGUGUGCAACGUUGUAUAUGCGGAAUUAUUUUUAAAUCACGCACACACACACACCCCUAUUUACUAUCCGGCAAGCGCGCAGCGAUACGACACUAUU